CAGCCUUACACUCAGCCACAGCCACCCAGACAGCCAGGCUGAGAGGCAGAGAGAGAGAGAGAGAGAGAGAGAGAGAGAGAGACAGAGAGACAGAGGGAGGGAGGAGUCUAGUUGUGGAGCUCUAUCCCCUGACUGUCUGCUACAUGAGUGGUAAAGCAAGAGAGAGAGAGCAUGAGCGAGAAAGAGAAGGAGGGGGGGCAAGUGAGGGCUGAAAAGACUGAGAAUGGAUGGGCAACUGGAAACCGUGCGAGCGAGAGAGAAGGAGUGAGCGUGUGUAUGCUCAGAGUCAGGCAGCGAAAACACAGAAAGUCUAUAAGCUCACAUCAACAACAGAGUGUGCGAGGCAGAGCUGACGGAGCAGAAGGAGAGAAGGACUGAAGACAGACUGCCAGCCAUCCACUGGUAAAAGGAGACACCACUAAGGGACUGUAGCAUCCGUCCCCCCCCAGCAGCACAGAGGAGCACUGUCUCAUCUCGUGCAUGUGUUUGUGCCUGCCAACUUCAAUUUCACACUCGCCCACUGUUUUUCGUAGGUUUUGCCCUCUCCACUCCCCAGUCAUGAUCCCCUGGGUCCUUCAGCUCCUGUGGAUCUCCGGACAUGGGGCAGAGGCCAUGUUUUCCCAGCAGCCAGAGGACCUGGUGGUGGUGGCAGGCCAUCCUGUGACGUUACAAUGCACUAUCCCUGGUUACCAAGGCGUUGUCCUGUGGAUCAAAGAUGGCCUAGCGCUGGGAGUUGGCAGAGACCUCUCUGGCUAUCCUCGUUACACAGUGAUUGGCGACCACGGUGCAGGACAGCACCAUUUGCGAAUCCAGCGUGUUGAGCUGAUGGAUGACGCUGUGUUUGAGUGCCAGGCGGUCCAGGCUGCCAUGAGGUCCCGUCCUGCCCGUCUCACUGUGCUGGUUCCACCAGAGGACCCAGUCAUCAGUGGAGGGCCGGUGGUGAGCCUAAGGGCUGGUGACCCACUCAAUCUGACUUGCCAUGCUGACAACGCCAAGCCAGCAGCCUCAAUCAUCUGGAGCCGCAACGGAGAGGUCCUUAAUGGGGCCAUGUACUCCAAGGUAAGCAUAGAGACCUUGCUCCGGGAUGGCAGAAGAGAAAGCACUGUGAGCACGCUCUACCUAUCGCCUUCCAACAUUGAGACAGGUCAGCAGAUCAUAUGUAAGGCCUCCAACAAGGCAGUCCCCGAUGGCAAGGAGACCAGUGUCACCAUUGACAUUCAGCAUCUCCCCCUUGUCAAUCUCUCAGUGGAACCUCAGCCUGUUCUGGAAGGCAACCUUGUAAAAUUCCACUGCUCUGCAAAGGCCAACCCUCCUGUCACACUCUACAGGUGGGCCAAAGGAGGAAGUAUAAUCAAGGAGGUCUCUGGAGACACAUAUGAGGUUAUUGUGGACCACUCCUUCUUUACAGAACCCGUUUCCUGCGAGGUUACCAACCCUCUUGGCAGCACCAACAUCAGCCGCAAUGUUGACGUCUACUUCGGUCCUCGCAUGGCUGCAGAGCCUCAGUCCUUGCAGGUGGACCUUGGAUCAGACGCUGUGUUCAACUGUGCCUGGACAGGAAAUCCCUCUCUUACCAUAGUGUGGAUGAAGAGGGGAUCUGGAGUGGUUCUUAGCAAUGAGAACCUCCUGACUCUGAAAUCUGUGAGACAGGAGGAUGCUGGGAAAUACGUUUGUCGUGCUGUGGUCCCACGUGUAGGAGCAGGGGAGAAGGAGGUUUCUCUCACUGUCAAUGGGCCACCGACUAUCUCCAGUACACAGACUCAGCAAGCUUUACAUGGAGAAAAAGGACAAAUCAAAUGUUUCAUUCGAAGUACACCUCCUCCAGACCGCAUUGCCUGGUCAUGGAAGGAAACUGUGUUGGAGUCUGGAACUUCCGGCCGCUACACUGUUGAAACCGUCACCACAGAAGAAGGAGUAAUCUCCACACUCACCAUGAGUAACAUUGUCCCGGCAGACUUCCAGACCAUCUACAACUGCACUGCGUGGAACAGCUUUGGCUCUGACACCGAGAUCAUACGCCUUAAGGAACAAGGUGGGAGCCAAGAAUCUCUCCCAGUGGCAGUGAUCAUCGGCAUUGCUGUGGGAGCUUUUGUGGCCCUCAUUGUACUAAUGGGCACUAUUGGAGCAUUUUGUUGCACCCGCUCGCAGAGAAAGGAAGCGCACCUGGUUAUGCCCUCACUGCCCGUCUCCAUCUGUGCUCACCAGAGAGAACUUGCAAGCAAAAUUAAGACAGAAAAUCUGAAAGGCGUCGUGUCGGCAAAAAAUGACAUCCGGGUGGAGAUUGUACACAAAGACCACAAUGCAGCACGAGAAAAUGAAGAACACACCUCCAUGAAACAACUGAUGGUGAGUGUUGAACGAGGAGAGUUCCAGCAGGAAUCUGUUCUGAAGCAGCUGGAGGUAUUACAAGAGGAAGAGAAGGAGUAUCAGCACAUUAAGGACCCUACAAAUGGUUACUACAGUGUCAAUACCUUUAAGGAGCACCACACGCCUACCAUGGCUGGGAAUCAGUCCACUGAGGUGAGGAACCCCACCAACACAGGUACCCUGGGCAAGCAGCGGGUACCGACAGGCAUGUCUUUCACCAACAUCUACUCCACUCUGGGAGCAGGUCCCAACCGUCUGUACGACUACAGCCAACGCUUCGUGCUGGGCAUGGGCAGCAGCUCCAUCGAGCUGUGCGAGCGGGAGUUCCAGCGCGGCUCACUCAGCGACUCCAGCUCUUUCAUUGACACGCAGUGUGACAGCAGCGUCAGCAGCUACAGUAAGCCGGACGGCUACGUGCAGUUCGACAAAGACAGCAAGGCAUCAGCCUCCUCCUCCUCCCACUAUUCCCAGUCCUCCUCGCAGAACUCAGACCUCACCCGGCCGCUCCAGAAGCGCAUGCAGACCCACGUCUGACCACCAGGGAGGGAAGGUGUUUGAACGGGGUGUAACAAGCAGCCAGGAUUGUAGAACUGUCACAGGAUCAGCACCCAGGAGCCCCUAAAGUAACAAUGUUACUGUUUCCUCUGGACACCUUGAGAUGCAGGGGCUGGUUGGCUUUAACACACUGUGGGACUUGUUCAGACUUCUCAAUGUCCCAAAAAGUGGAUCAAGAAGCCUUAUAUUUCCCUCAUGCUUAACCCAUCAACCGCCUCCUUUUUCAACCCAUAAUUAGAAUUGUGCCACAGAGAGGUUAUUUGCCAACACAGAGACAACACAAGUUGGUUUCUGCUGUGGGAUGGUUAGCAGAGGGCAGGAAUACCACAAAGGCUUUUUGUGACAAUCAGCUCCCUUGGCAAAGACCAAUUUUUUCCUUUUGAAGAUUGUCAUUCAUAAAAACUCAGCACGAACGGCACGAUAAUGAGUACGAGCCAAUGUCCUGCUGCUCUCUUGUAGUUUGAAGCACAAAUAUGAAUGUGCAUGUGGUUUUUAAAGCGUUAACUCUUACCCCCUUCAAGCACUGUAUGUUAAGCUUUCUUGUUGAAACUGGUCUCCUGUGUAGGUGAUAGAAAACUUUCUCCAUGUGCCCACAGACGUCGUGAACAUUUGAAACAACAGCUGUUUUUCCUCUCCGCAGCAGUAUCUGGGCCACAGAGCUGGGCUGAUAAAGAGGGGCUGAGAUCUAAUUUUAAAUCCCUGAGUCAUUAUUUUACUGUGGCACUCUGCGAUAAAGAAUAUCAGUGUACAUAUGUGACUGUAAUUUCUUUUUAACAUCUAAUUUCUGACUGUUUUUCGUCAUGGAGGACUCUAAAUGAAACAUGAGCGCCUCUUCUUGUCCAUAUCUACUUUGCCUUGAGGGUCUGUUUGAACUUUGUCAAUACAAACUUUGACUAAGCGAGCUAGACAUACACUAUCUGCUCUUCUGUUGAUGGAGAGUUGGAUCCUCCAUGGUGUUACCGCACCAAAUCCAGCUCUAUGGCAUGCAGCAGGAAAGCUCACAAACUGCAACAUGUGUUGUACUUGUGAGUUUCUCCUGCUAACGCCGCAGAUCAUCAGCCAUAUACUUGAGGGUGUCUGUUCAAUGAAAUGUAAACAUUAUAUUUUAGCUGAGCUUCUUACUGUGUGGUUAUCCCACUGCUAUUGUCAAUAUCAUUGUUGACACUGGGGCUUAGUGCAUUCUGACUGCAUACCUACCUGUGAUCGUGCUGGUCAUCAAGGGACAUGAAAAGCAAAUUUAGAAAAUGUGUUUUAUUUUGCUUCCUGCUGUUCAUUUUUGGCUACGUUGGAGCUGAUGUUGGCACACUGACUCUUUUCAAGUGCAUCGUUUUAUUUUGUCCUGUUCUGCACUGUAUGUGACAUAUAUGAAAUUGGAUUUAUUAUUUAAUCAAUGACACUGUACUUGUUUUAGUUCAGAGUAGAGACAGAGAGUAGUGAUUUAACUUGCAGCUACAAAAACACUCAUACUACGUACAAUUUCAAAGUGAGCCUGUUGUCAGAACUGUUGUAGUCAUGCAUUGUACAUGUUUUGUGGCAGAACACAAAGACUGGGAAGUUUUGCUUUUUUGCAGCACCAAACACAAGGAAUCCUAAUGCAGGUUUGUGCAUAGUGCAGAUACUGUAAAGCAACUGGGCAAAAAUAUUGAAUCUUUAGUCUAACCUGGAUGCUACUACGCACCACACUAUGUCCAGUUAAAUAAGAUAUAAACCCAACAAAGUUUGUGAUCAAAACUCAUUGUUGUCUCCUUAAAGCAGGCUUUAACUGAUAAGGGCAACCCUUUACAGUAAUCAUAGAUCCUUUCUGUAACAGCCGCAGUUGCGUUAUACAUUACAUCACAUUUGAUUUUAGUCAUCAAAAACCUCAUAUGUCUGUUGGCUUUCAAGGUCUGUUCCAGUCAUACUAUACUAUAGAAUCAUCUUUUUUGUUAUUUGAUCAGUUCGUUGAAGGGUAAAAAAGAAGUUCCAGGAAAAUAACAGCAGAUUACUGUAAAACAGUACUGAAAACAGUGGAACAGUGAAAACAGGUAGCAAUAUAUUUUAUCUAAUUAGGUAGUUUUUUUAGUAUCUUUCUUAGCACAGCAGUCAGUUGGGAUGAAGUGAUCCUGAAUCUGUGAAAUCUGCCUCUUAACCCAUGAAAAACCAAGCACGGCAUUUCCAACAAAAGCAAGUUGUUGUUGUAAGCACUUUACAUAUGAUUAUAUUCAAAGCAUUUGAAUGGGGUUUUCCACUUGAGUGGCUGUGGUUUGGGCUCUAAUUUUACAAAUGGAUUGGCGCCCAUUGUACAGCUCAAGACAAAAAGCUCUGUUUCAAAGCUGAUAAUCCAGCUUGGCACUUAGCAGACUGUAUAUAAAUCUCUAAUGCUGUCUUUCUCUGUAUAUAAUUUUUCCUGGCUUUUCUUUCUUUCUCAGUCAGAUUUCACUAUAUUAGAGCUCAACAAAUCCAUGUGGCAUCAAAACUGUAAGACAGACAAUCAUUUUCUCUUUGUUUCCAUUCCAAAAAUUUCAUCAGCCUUACUUGUUUCUCACAAAUUACAUGAAAGUCUUGUGUGAGCAGUUUCUCUUCCCCCAGAUCUUACGGGGGAAACUCACACUCUGUAUACCGAGCACACAGGAGGCCAUAGGAUGAGAAGCUGAGCUUAGCUGGGACAGCUUUGAAGUGAGAUGCAGUAAGAGGUUAUUAUACCUUCAGCCCUUCUGAGAGAUGUCCAGAUGCCCAGCAAUAUAUUGCAUUUGGCACCAUGAUGACUGUCAAGUAUGCUUGUGCCAUUUUUUAUUUAUUUUUCUCAACAUUUAUGAGUACAGGAUGAAAUUCUUACCUGGAUAUUGGCAGUUACAGUGUGAUCUAGUUUGAAUGCAUAGGACAAGAUACAGUUUUCAUUUAUAUCAUUAUUUGUAUAAAUUAUGCAUAAUUUUACAUCCACAGCUUCAGAAUUCAAACAUGUUCACCAUUCAAAUCAUAAUGCAAACAUUCAGCAUGUCUCUCUCUAAAAACAAAACAAAUUUGCUUUCCUGUCCAAAGGGUCCAGUUUUACUUAUCUGAUGCAGCUCCCGCACUGAUCCAAACAUAAUGCAUUUUCCCAGUCCAGAGAAUCUGCACACUGCACAGCAAACAGAUAAAUAUUUGAUAGGCCAGCCUUCUGUCCCAUCCCCCCAUGGCAGCAGCUACAGUGGGCAUGAGAGUACCAAAGGAUGCGAGUGCCAUGUCAGUCUUUGGGAAUCAAAGCCCAUGUGGGGACAAAGUAUGCCCUGCUCACCUGCGGAUGCCUCUCCGGCUGGUGCUGGCGGCGCCUGUUUGCCUGGCUACAAGCACCGCACAGAUGCCAGGGCAUAACAGAUGAAUAAACAUAAAGACCCAGAACAAUUACAAGGGGUUGCUGCCCUUUCCCUAAUAAAACAAAGCAACCCUUUCAGAGCGGAGAUUGCAGGGUAGUCUGUUAUUCAGAGAUGCUACAGACUAGCCUGUAUUUCAAAGGUGAGAGACAGAGGUUAUGAGCGGAGUAAAGUGAGGAAUGGUUGGUAGGCAUUUUUAAUGUCCAAUUUGUUUACUGCACAAAACGUUUUGUUUGGUCUGAAUAAACGGGGAAAAUUUGGAUAAAGAAUUGCUGAACAUUAGUACUGCCAAUAUCUCACCUAUGCGUGCAAAGGGUGGUUUACAUGAGGCUAUUUGAAGUCUCCCUCAUUGUAUGAUAGGUGUUACUGUCCAUGAUGGAACACAUUAGAGAAGGUGCCAUUUGCAACAUUGAUCAGAAUAACCCUUUCUUUACUGUGUAAAUGCUUUCUAUCACUCUGUUUCUCUCUUUCUCUCUCACUUCUUUUCUUUUCUACCAAUCAAUACUUUGUCAGUACUUUAAUAACAUACAACUGUAAGGACAAAGGCCUGGACUAAAUAGUAUUUGCAAAUAAUCCUCAGAGUUUGCUUUAGCUUGCAGGGCAUGCCGGGAAUCAUUGUGGUUUGGUUUGCAGCAUACAGAGUACGAUAAGUCACAGAAAAUUGAAAGAUUCACAGAAAAGCAUUUGAAAGUCAAAUGAGUGCGCUUCUUUGUGAUUGGUUGAAUUGUUCUGUACACCAAAUAUUGCAAACCACUUUGCAAAUACUAUGUGACCCAGGUCUGAAAAAGUACUGACCUUAUUCAACUUAUUCAUUUCAAGAGUUUGUAUAAAUAGUGAACCAUAGUAAUGAAAAGACAACAUGUAAAUUCUACUGAGUAAACCACUAUUUUCAGGCAGUGGCCUCCUGUAUCUAAAAAAAAAAAAGAAAAAUGGUUGUAUUUUAACUGUACUGGUCUGUGAAUCUAUGAUGCAUUUGCUCUGUAUAUUUGGAGAAUAAAAAUGAUGUUUGAGUUUGUG